AACAACACCAACACCAUGUAUAACAACACCAACGCCUUGUGGAACAGCAGAUAUUUUGUGGCAAUUUGAUGAUGACGACGACGAUUCUGAUGAAAGUGAUGAAUCCAAUCAAACAGUACGAGUGCACACUUCAAUAAGUGAUUGCAUUAAUUUGCCGGAUGGUACCUAUCUCGUAGAUCGAAGACUUUGUCAUCGCUUCUACGUGUGCCUCAACAAACGUGUACAGACGUUGAGAUGUCCGCUCGGCUUUUGGUUUGAUAGAGACCUGAAUAGUUGCCGUCCUCGCCUUGAGGUGACAAAUUGUCGAUAGACUCAAUAAAUAUUGCAUCGUAAAACCAACCCAACACAGAAUGACGAUAAAUUAUCGCAUAAUUUAGUUUCCAAACACUACUGAUCAUUAUUAAAUAUUGUGCGCGCAUAAAAUAAUCAAUUUUAAACAUGUUAUAGGCAGCUGCAGUUGCAGAAUAUGUGUAUUAUAAAAAGAGCAUUCCAAAAAUCAAAAA